UUCGAGAUGUACUCGCGUCGUGCUUCUGAAAUCAUCACAUUCGUGAAUUCGUCAAUUGUGAAAUUUUGUGGUUAGAAUCUCUACUGUGGUGAGCCGAGACGGAGAGAGGAUUGCGGUUGGGUGACGCCCCCGGUUUGUGCCGCCCUGGGAGCCCAUCGCAGAAAAGAUUGACGUUCAGAUUCUUCUUCAAUCUGACGUUGGAUACCGGUACUGAGGAGAAAAUUGAAGUUCUACUUCCAAGAGUGUUCGUGAAAGUGCACUCGAGAUGUCCACAUAUUUCAAGCCCUGGCGUCUAGAAGAUUCUCGAUAUCUAAUCCACCAGAGAUUUCGAACUUUUUGAAGAAGGCGGUAAUGUUGAGCUGGUGGUUGUGAGUGAUGGCUUGUGGAGGCGGCUGUUCUCCGGGGGCGGUAGCAGUGCUACUUGUGGCGCUACUCGUGCAAGUGGCGAGAGGCGGCGACCUUCAGCCGGUGCUGGUGGCGGCUGGAGGCGGCAAUGGUGGCCAAGGAGGUGGGAAUGCUGCCCCGCCAGCAGCCGGGGGCGGCGGGUCGAGGUGUGAGGAGAUCACCAUUCCCAUGUGUCGAGGCAUCGGCUACAAUCUCACGUCGAUGCCCAACGAACUCAACCAUGAUACGCAGGAGGAGGCCGGGCUAGAGGUCCACCAGUUCUGGCCGCUAGUGGAGAUCAAAUGCUCGGCCGACCUGAAGUUCUUCCUGUGCUCGAUGUACGCGCCCAUCUGCAUCGAAGAUUACCGUAAACCUCUCCUGGCCUGCCGGAGUGUGUGCGAACGUGCGCGUGCGGGCUGCGCGCCCUUGAUGCAGAAGUACGGAUUCCAGUGGCCAGAACGGAUGGCCUGCGACAAACUGCCAUCCUACGGGGACCCCGACAAUCUCUGUAUGGAGCAGAACAACCGAACAGAGUUCUCCCCGGCGCCCACCUCUCCACGUCCCACCAGGCGACCCGGAGUACCAGGAGUGGUUCAACCUCCUAUCCAGCAACCUCCUCGCUGCCGACCAGGCGCCAAGAACCCCAAGAACUGCAUCCCCUCGCCACAAGACUCCCUCCCCUCCGACUGUGACUGCCGCUGUCGACCCCCUCUCGUCCCGAUCGAGCGAUCCUCCCCCUACUACAACCGCAGCAUCUCCGUCGGCGGCGAGCCCGACUGUGGCUUCCCCUGCCACGGCGUGUUCUUUAACCCCGAGGAACGCGACUUUGCGACCAUGUGGAUAUCGCUGUGGUCGAGUCUGUGCUGUGUGUCGACUCUGAUGACACUCAUUACUUUCCUGAUUGACACGGAGCGCUUCAAGUACCCUGAGAGGCCGAUUGUGUACCUAUCCGCCUGCUACUUCAUGGUCAGCGUCGGCUAUCUCAUCAGAGUGUCGCUCGGACAUGAGGAGGUCGCCUGUGAUGGAAGGAUGAUUAGAUACAGUGCAUCAGGCCCCAUCCCUUGCACGCUGGUGUUCCUGCUGGUGUACUUCUUCGGGAUGGCAUCGUCGAUCUGGUGGGUGGUGCUGUCCUUCACCUGGUUCCUGGCGGCCGGCCUCAAGUGGGGCAACGAGGCCAUAGCUGGCUACUCGCAGUACUUCCACCUGGCAGCCUGGUUUGUGCCCACUGUCAAGGCGGUCGGAGUGCUCUUUCUCGAAGCUGUUGACGGUGACCCGGUUGCAGGCAUCUGUUAUGUGGGCAACCAAAACGUCGACAAUUUGAGACUGUUCGUGUUGGGGCCGUUGCUUGUGUAUCUGCUUCUGGGCACCUCGUUUUUGUUUGGGGGAUUUGUGUCGUUGUUCAGGAUACGCAACGUGAUCAAGCAGCAGGGUGGGUUGUCGGGGCGUAGCAAGGCUGACAAACUUGAGAAACUCAUGAUGAGGAUCGGUGUGUUCAGUGUGUUGUACACAGUGCCGGCAACUGUGGUGAUUGGGUGUCAUCUGUAUGAGUCAACCCUGCACGAGAAAUGGACAAUGCCGCUAGUGUGCCCCUGUGAGCGGGAACGAGCUCGACCUUUGUACUCAGUGCUGAUGUUGAAGUAUUUCAUGGCGCUAGCUGUGGGGAUCACAUCAGGUGUGUGGAUCUGGUCUGGGAAGACAUUAGGCUCCUGGAGGAGGUUCUGCAGGAGGAUAUCCUGUGCAGGACCAGCACAUCCUGCCCUCAUCAACCCGGGGAAACAGCGUGUCGUCAAACAACAGUACGUGCUUCCAGCUGGUGAGAGUGGUACGCUCCUGGCAGGACCCCACAUCACCGCCUCCGGCAGCCUCCAUCAGCCGCCCCUCAGCCAUGUAUGACGUCAACCGCCCCCGGGUCACACCGGCCCGCCCACCCGCCACUCGGAAGGAUCCUGUGACCAUGCCUUGUCCAACUAUGGACCCAUCUAACGCGCAGCCCCCUACAAGAUGGUGCUCAUCUCGUCUGAACGGCUCUAGUCUCAACAAACACAGUGUGAGUAACAGCAAAGCAGAUAAUCAAGGACAAGUACUGAACAAUUCAGAAAUAGGUACUGAUUAUGUCAUCAGUUGAGGUGUAAUGGAGUUAUAAAAAUGGAAGAACUCCCAUGUUCCACUCACAAAGUACUUUGCUGCUUAUUUUUACAAAAUUGUAAAGAUACUAUCUAAUUACUCCCAUAAUAAUAAUUAUUAUUCAGUAGGAAAAUAACAAUAGAGCCUAAAUUAUAAAAAUCAUGUACUGAGAACUGAAAAUAUUUUCGGUUGAAAACAAAAUUUUAAGCGCUCAAAUAUUUUGUAUUUUUAUAGAAAAUUACAAAAUUUCAUAAAAACUUAAUUUUAUGAAAUUAUUCUAGAGUUAUGGAGGAGGAAAUGUUUGUUUUUUCAAAUCUAAACACUGUAGAUACCAUAGUCUAGAAUACAUACAGAUAAAGUACAUAAUCAGACAGCAUUUCACAUAAAAUGUUACUUGACUCAUCAAACAUUUUCCGUCUGAUAAUAUGAUUAUAUAUUUUUUGUAAAAAGAUAUUGUAGAGUUUAGCAACAUUUGAUCAUAUUAUUUAGAUGUAUUGUAUAUAAUAAUAUGAAAUCUAGUCAUACUCCGACCUGAAAUAGCAAGAUGACCUAUUAUCUUACAAGAUGAAUUAUUCGAUUAGAUAGAAUAAUUUUGUCAUGAGCUAGACUCAUUACUCAUCAUAAUUAUUGCGUUUAAUUAUGUUUCUACUUGCCAUAAUAUAGGCUACUAUAUUUGUUCAAUAAUAUUGUAUAUAAUAAUUAUUAUGAAAUACUGGGGCUACUGUAAUUUUGUGAAUCUGGUAAUGUAUGUUUAUUUCAUUUUCAACUUCUGAUUAUUUCAAAUAUGAUACUAACACCAGAGAUUUUGACAGAAAAGGACUCAUUCAAUAAUAUAAUUAUUUACAUUGAACAGCUCUGGAACUACGAAUAAUUUGAUUUCAAUAACCUGACAUUUGCAGCACCUUUGAAUAAAGAGUGUUGGAAUCACAUUUCCUCAGUUGUGAUGAUAAAAUUAUUAUUUUUCUAGAAACACAAAACCUGGAACUUUGAUAAAACAUCUUCUCUCUCUGUUAAAACAGAGCCUAUCUUCCGAUUUCUCGCUUAACUAAGUCAACAAAAUUACCACCUUUUGCGACCUUAAUUGAGACGUAAAAUAAGUGAAAUCGUGGCACAUUUACUUUAAUCAAGCUCAUUCAUCAUGCCAUAAAUAAGAAAGUGCAUAAUAAGAAAAGUCGCAAUAAACUUUGAAAAAAACGAGCCUUGAAUUAGAAAUAAUUCUGGAGACACUCUAUAUAUAUACGGUUAGCAUGAAAAGUUACGAGCAUAUUAAAUUCACGAAUGAAAAAUGUCGAGUUACAUGCAAAAUAAACGCUACCUCUAUUUUUUCGUGACAAAGAGAAAUUCUCAAUGCACAUACGCUUCCUAGCUCCCAGCCACGUCGAAAUUAUCAUACAAAUACGAAAACACUAGCACACAGGUAAUAAUUUUGCCGCGUAUUAAAUUUUCCAUAUAAAGAACCCCUACUAUGUUGGCUCAUGAAAUAAUGAAAUUCCAAAAGUAAGCGUCAAUAGCUCUUCUGUAAUAUAUGGAUAUUAUUUAACGUUUGCUCCUGCUUAGAUUACUUUUUACGACCAUUAUCUUUGUAUUUGAUCGGGUUUUUAGGGGAUAAAUCUGUUGAAUAUGCAGCUACAAAGGAAUUUGAAUAGUGGAGAAUUGUAUUCUUGAUUUUGUAGAUUGUGAAGGAGCAGUAGAACUCAUAAGAACACAUCAUAACCUUCUUGAAGAAAAUAAUUUAAUGUUCAUGACCUACAAGAAAUUGAUAUCUUAUAGUCAACCAUAACUCGAAUUUUCAAGAACAGCACGUAGGCUAUUUAUCAUGCAUCAUCAUGGAAGUAAACUGACUUGUAUUGUCUAUUUAUCUGUAUCGUGAAUAAACUUGAGAGAUAGGAAAACUCCAAAAGUAGUGUUUCGUGGGAUUUAUAAGUCAAAUCUCAUGUAAAAUGAGAUUUACUUUAAUCAGCAUUCUUUGAAAGGAACACAUUCCUGUUAUCCAUAAGAAAUACUGACAGAUUGGAGUGAAUCUCACUGGAAGAUGUUCAGGUGCAACUUAAUGAAGAUGUGUUUGACAGUAAAGAGGAUUUAGUCGAGGUCGAAGAUUUGAAUUGAAGCAUCCCUCGAGAGGUGGUCCAUCCCCCCUCCUUCUUAAGGCCCACUCAAGACCACCUUCAACAUCCAAAACAUAAAAGUCAGGCCGAAAACUGUCAUGAUUCUGCAUUAUUUCCGUUGUAAAUAAGUGAGGGAACGUUAAGCUUGACAGGCUAGUACUUUGAAAUUAUGAUUUUUCCUUGUUUUCUCCUACAAACAGGGUAGUCGGAGUGAUGUACAAGACAAGAGGAAUGUGUAGAGAGGAAAGAUAAAGAAGAAGAUGAAUGAACUAGUAGAGAGAGGGUGGGAGGGAAUUUGGAAGAAUGAGCAAGUCCCAAAAAGUGGGUUAGCUGUCUCCUCAAUUCUUGGAACACCUCCUCCAGAGAUUUCAGAUUGAUGGCUUGUAGAAGAAUGGGCUCAGCCUUUUAGGAGUCCUUUCACAUUCAAAAUUGUGUUAAGCCUAUUAUACUUUCAACAAUGGAAACCACUAGACCAACUAUCAGGGGUGACACUUUUCAUUAAAAGCUCUCACAGAUAGCCUCCUCUGACUUGUUUCACUUAAAUUUUUAAAUUUUAGUCGUUUCUUUGGAGUCUUAUUAUAGUCUUAAAUUUGAAACUUUAACAGUACUAAUAAUGCAAUUCAGCUUGAAAUUCCAGUAACAUGCCAUAUACCAAAAGUACUAUGUGCGGAAUGUUUUAUUUUGAAUAAUAAUUGUAAGAAAGUGUAAAUUAUAAUACUGAAAACCCAUGGUUCUCCCUGAGCAGGGAUAAAUAUAACAAAAAUACAGUAGCCCUCUAAUUCUUGUGCAAUAAUUAUCCUGUAGCUCUUACAUUCAAUACUGUACCAAUUAUAGUGGAUGAAUAAUAAACUUUGAAAGUGAGUAAUAUGUUUUGAACCGAUUCAUCUGUGGACAAACCUGACAAAAAAUUAAAAUUCAGCAUUUUGUGGAUUAUAAUGUAAUUUAUCAUUUCGAGAAUAUAAAUUAAAUUUCCCAGUAGUUGAAAAUUAAUGGAAAAUAUUUCUCUCUCAAUAAUAUCUGAACAGUAAGUUAUUCGUGUAACAGAAUUUAUUUUAGAUCACAAAUUCUAGAAGAAUCACAAGUUCAGAAAAUGUACAGUUCUUAGAUAUUGGAAGAAUAACUCAGGAAUUACUUAUAGAAUAAACUUUAUUGGCAUAAAGCUCUUAAUCUAAAUCGUUGUGGGAAAAACUAUAUACGUAAAUACAUGUGAUGUGAAUGUUGUAUAGUGUUAUUGUUAGUUCCAUGGUUGCCUGGUAUAAAUUAUGGCUGGAGUCCACUCAAGUCUUAAAAGUAAUCAUUUUAAAGCAUUUUACAAAAUUUGUAAGAUUAUAAAUAAUGUUUUGAAUGAAUGUUAAGAACUGAAUCCUAAACUCUAAAAUCAAUAAUUAAGUAUUGAAAUUGUUCAGCAGUAUUUUAUUAUUGGACAAUUGGAAACCUAAAAUUAUAGAAAUCUGACAAUACUGGACAGAGUUAGACCUUACUGAGAGUUGGGGUCAUUUUAUGAAUUCCUAUGUAUGAUAUUUCUAUUGUGAAGUCUUUUGUGGGCACCUUUAAUUAAGCAUUUCUUCAGACUAACUCAUAGUACAAGUUUUCUAUCGAAUAAAAUAAGUUAAGCCAUAAUAUAUUAUGCUACAAUAUACUCUUUCAUAGUAUAUAAUAAUUAGUGUGAAUAUUGUAUAAACAUACAAAACGGAUAGGAGUAAUAACACUCGCAUACAAUAUGUAAAUAGACAGUUUAUUUAUAUUGUAAAUACAUAAAAACGGAGUCCUCAAAAUGCAUCACAAAAUAACUAAUCUCAAGAAUUUGAAGAUAAAUAAUUAAUCUAUAAGUAUAGUAGUUAUAUGGAAUAGAAUUUGUAUUGUUUAUAUGUAUUUAUGUAUGUAUGUGUAUAGUCCUUGUAUUUAUGUAUUGUAUUGUGUGUUGUCAAAUUUUGUACAUUUAUUAUUUAAAAACAUAUAAUUCACACAGAAGCGUUCUAUUUUAUUUAAAUGAAUAAUGAGUCCAUGAAGCCAUAAGAUACGAAAAUUGUUUUUGAGAAAGGACCAAUCUUUCUUUCACAAGGCUUUGUCAAUUAGGUAUUUACUCUGAUAGAUAAGAGAAAAUUGAUACAAUAACGCCAUAUUAUAAUAAUACACCUACUUUAUUAGUGUAAGUUUUGGAAUGUUUCUGUUGAAAAACUUCAUUGAUGAUUCAAGUUGUUCCAAUAACAUCUCAACAAUUAUUAUUAUUCAAUCACUUUUGUAUUAAUCAUUUGGAAUGAUCACUACUUCAUCUUCUUGCGUUACCAAUAUUGUCAUUUCAACUGCAAAAUAAUUUAUAUUAUUCUUCAGCCACCAUAUUCACAAAAAAAAACUAUAUUAUAGUCUUCCGUCAACAAUACCUACUUAUCCUAUAAUAUUUGAACAUUAUUCCAUUCAAAAAAUUUGUUUUACGGGAUAGCUAUCACUAACCUAAUUUAUCGGUUAAAUAAGAUCCAUCCAUUCAUAGAACUACAGUAGAUGAAUUACUAAUUCUAUUAAUAGUAAUUAUUGAUUAUAUUAUGAUACAUAAAAUACUUAGAAUACUGCCGUACAUUAUGCACAUUCAUCAUACCAAUUUGUAUCAUUAUGGCUGUGUCAAGUGAAAGAAGUAUAGUAACCAAAUUUAAUUUAAUAAAUUUACAUUCUUAGUGAAUACA